AUGGAAUACUAGAAUGUAAACAAAGCUCCGAACUUAACAAUCGAAACGUGUAUAUUGCUGCUAUGCUUACAAUUCAGUUCUUUGAUGAAAUGCGUUUAAUCAUCGCAUGCAGUGUUGAAAGUGGUUAGCUUGUGUUUUUUUAGAAUCUUGAGUUUUUUGUAUCGUGUAGAUAUAAUAUAAUGUCUGCAAGAGGUCGCGGACGAGGUAGAGGGUCUUUCUCUUUCAAUAAAGGACUUGGAUUUCAAAACCCCCAGGAUUCUCCCCCUCCUUCUGGACAACCACCACCAAAUUAUCCUCCUCUUCAGUUUAAGCCUGUUCCCCUGGUCACUGGGAAAAAGAUGCUUUAUAUUUUAACUUUGAAACAGGAAAUAAGAAGCUCAUUCAAGGAAUCUGGCUAUAACAUUCCUCCAGCAUCAGUAAAAAAGGAUAUUGAACGAUACACUGAUAAAUACCAACAGGUUCAUGCAACCGAUCAAAUUGUGUGGGAUAAAUCUCUUUUUCCUAAAGAGUUAUUUGAUAAGCCAAGAAAGAAGAAGAAAAGAGUAGUUAAGAAAAGCCUUGAGAAAGAAGCUGUGGUUGAGAAACUAAAGGUACUAGAAGCUAAAGAAGAGGAAACAAAGGGAAAAGAAGGAGAAGACGAAGAGGAGGAGGAGACAGACAGAGAAAAUGAAGAAUAUGAUGAAGAAGAACUGGAAGAAGAAACAGACUAUGCAACUAGUUAUUUUGACAAUGGAGAAAACUAUUUAGAUGAGGAAGAUGAUAACUUGGAUGAAGUGGAAUAUUAACCAGAAAAGAGCUUAUCUUGUUUUGUGAAAAUAUAUAUUAAGUUGUUGUAAAUUAAUAACUAUUUUUCUAUUUGUGUGGCAUUUGGCAGAAAUAAAUGCAGUCUAAUAUUAUUAUUAGUACAUUUUC